AUGUCCAAAUUCACUCUUAUCGCAGGACUAGGACUCCUGCUUUCUCUUCAGCUUGCUUAUUCUACAAAGCUGGUGUGUUACUUCAGUAACUGGUCCCAGUACAGACCUAGCAAUAGUCGUUUCACUCCUGACAAUGUUGAUCCCUUUCUCUGCACACAUGUCAUCUAUGCACUGGCAACCAUCAGCCAUGACAAUCAGCUUAGUACUAUUGAGUGGAAUGACGUGGAAAUGUACAAGAAACUGAACAGCCUGAAAAAUGUAAACCCUUCUUUGAAGACACUGCUGUCAGUUGGAGGCUUAUACAAUGGCAUUAGCCCGUAUAUUAACAUGGUGGCCACUCCAGACAAUCGUAGGACCUUCAUCCGUUCUGCUUUGCUUUUUCUCCGGUCUCAUGAUUUUGAUGGCCUAGAUCUGGCCUGGGAGUUCCCAGGACAAAAUGGCAGUCCUGCUAAUGACAAGGAGAGGUUUACUGCACUGGUCAAGGAGUUGAGGCAAGCCAUAAAACAGGAAGCUAUAGACACAAGGAAGACACAGCUUCUACUUUCAGUCAAAGUAGGAGCUCUUAAGCCGACCAUUGAUGCAGCUUAUCAAGUCCCUGAAAUUACAAGUGAAGUAGACUUUGUCAGCAUCAUGACUUAUGACUACCAUGGGGCAUGGGAGAAGGUUACUGGUCACAACAGUCCUCUUUUCAAGAGUUCUCUAGAUAAAGGAAACCAUGAACAACACAAUAUUAAUGCAACUGUCUCUUACUGGAUGAGCAAAGGGGCUCGACCUGAAAAGCUGAUGUUGGGUUUCCCCACAUAUGGACGCACUUUCCGCCUUACCACCACCUCAACAGGCCUUGGUGCACCGACAAAUGGCCCAGCUGAUGCUGGCCCUUACACACGUGAUGCUGGCUACUGGUCCUAUUAUGAGAUCUGUACUUUUGCAUCAGCAACCAAAGUAGAAUGGAUCAAUGAACAGAUCGUUCCAUAUGCCACUCAUGGAACAUCUUGGGUGGGCUAUGACAACAAAGAAAGCUUUGCUCUAAAGGCUCAGUGGCUCACAUCCAUGAACCUAGGUGGUGCAUCAGUAUGGACCCUGGACCUAGAUGACUUUGGAGGACAUUUCUGCUCAGAGGGAGACUACCCUCUUGUUAACCACCUUCGCAAUUCUCUGGGUUUCCCUCCCAAGCCAACCACAACUCAUCCCCCAACCACAACCCCAGACCCUAUUGCCAAGUUUUGUGUUGGAAAACCUGAUGGUCUGUACCCAAACCCUACUGAUGCCAACAGCUAUUUCCAGUGCUUCAAAGGAAACACCUACUUGCACAAAUGCCAACCAGGCCUGGUCUAUGUUGAUGCCUGUAAAUGCUGCAAUUGGCCAUAAGAAGCCAGAAAAUAAGUGUCAGAAAAUUCAAUAAAUAAAAGCUAUGAAUCCUUUACAUAA